AAAUAAAAUAAAAAUCCACAUACCCAAAUAUACAUGCAUCAUCAGCCCAUCUAGUCCUGUGAAAUCACAAGAAAGAAUUUGCAAGAUAGAUGGAUCCACGUUCUCUCAAGGAUACACCUACAUGGGCUGUUUCCAUCGUCUGUUCCCUCCUCAUUCUCCUUUCUUUCUUCAUUGAAGGUGUAUUCCACCUUCUGACCAAGUUUCUCAAAAGGCAGAAGAGGAAGCCUCUAAAUGGAGCCCUGCAGAAGAUCAAAACCGAACUGAUGAAAAUGGGCUUCAUAUCAUUACUUCUAACGGUUGGAGAAGUGCCCAUAUCUAGAAUUUGUGUAAGCAAAGGCGUGGGGAACUCUUUCCUACCGUGCGAUGAUCACGAUUCGUCUGCAAUACCUGUUGUCUCCUCGACCACUCAGAUCUCGGGGUUAAACACUACCAUUUCUAGUGAUAUCUCUGACUCUUGUGAAGCAAAGGGGAUGGUUUCUCUUGUAUCAAGGGAAGGAAUCAUGCAACUUCACAUCUUCAUCUUUGUGCUGGCAGUAUUUCAUGUUCUCUACUGUGUCAUAACCAUGUGUCUUGGCGCUUUCAAGAUGAAGAGAUGGAAAACAUGGGAAGAAGAGACAACGACACUGGAAUAUCAAAUCAGACAUGACCCAAGGAGGUUCAGGCUCACCCGACAGACUUCAUUUGGACAACGCCAUCUCAAGUACUGGAGCAACCACCCUGCCUUGCUUUGGCCUGUUUGUUUCCUUCGACAAUUUCGUGGGUCUGUCACCAAGGCUGAUUAUUUCACUCUUCGCAAUGGAUUCAUUGCAGCCCAUUUCGCUGAGGGCAGCAACUUUGAAUUCCAAAAGUUCCUCACCAGAACUUAUGACAAAGAUUUUGAAGUGGUGGUAGGAAUAAGCUUUUGGAUCUGGAUCUUCUCCAUAUUCUUCAUAUUUUUCAGUGCACAUGUAUUUUAUAACCAUUUCUGGCUGCCUUUUAUUCCUUUAGUGAUGUCUUUGAUUGUGGGGACAAAACUACAAGUCAUCAUAACUAAGAUGUGCUUGAAGAGCCGUAACGAGUCAGUUGUUGUUCGAGGGACAAUGCUUGUGAAGCCCAAUGACAACCUCUUCUGGUUUGGUCGGCCACAAUUCCUCCUCCAUCUCCUCCAUUUCAUCCUCUUCCAGAACUCUUUUCAGCUGGCAAUGUUCACAUGGGCAUGGGUAGGUAUCUCUAGUCAAUGAGCUUAAGAGAUUUUCAUGCAUCCCUAUGGCUUAAUAGGUUGAAAUGCAGUACGAGUUCGGGUUGAAAUCCUGCUAC